AAGUCUCCUAACCAGAAUUCGGGACAGCCGGUGCCGGUGUCUGACAGCUUGAACUUUUCCCGGAUCAUGCUGCGCGUUUCUUCUGAGACUUCGUGCGCUCAUCGGUGAAAUAAAAGCAGUAUUUCCCCCACAGUUUUCUCUGAGGAUUUUAUGACUUUUCUCCUUCACAAGAUAGUUCUAGAAACUAUCGGAAAGACAGACGCCCUCCACUCCCAGGGACUGUGUUGCCUUCAGGAGUCUGGAGUCAAGGCCAGUGAAUGAGAAGGGCCUGUCUGCAUCCUGUCCUCGACACCUUCAGGAGAACUUCGUUUCUAGCGUUUAGAACGACUUCUCCAGGGCUAUGAUCCCUCAGGCUUGAGCUGUUUGCGAGGAGAAGAAAAAAAAAGCUGUCUCCUGAGCCCCAAAAUGGCAGCUAAGAUGGAGAUAACGCUGAGCUCUCAGUCCCACAUUCAGGCUUCUUCCAAGCAAGAGAGGCACAUCAUAGCAAAGCUAGAAGAGAAGCGGGGGGCGGCUCUGCAAAAGGACUGCCCCAACCCUGAGGCCUCCCGCCAGAGCUUUAGACGGUUUUGUUAUCAAGAGGUGUCUGGACCCCAAGAGGCACUCUCCCGGCUCCGGCAGCUCUGCCGGCAGUGGCUGCAGCCCGAGCUGCACACCAAAGAGCAGAUUCUGGAGCUGCUGGUGCUGGAGCAGUUCCUGAACAUCCUGCCCCCCGAGAUCCAGGCUCGGGUCAGGCAUCGAUGUCCAAUGAGCAGCAAGGAGAUGGUGACUCUGGUGGAAGAUUUUCACAGAGCAGCCAAGAGACCAAAGCAGUGGGUGGCUGUUUGUAUGCAGGGGCAGAAAGUGCUCUUGGAAAGAACUGGACCUCAGCUUGGAGAACAGGAACUGCCAGACUUUCAACUGCAAACUCCUAGGAGAUAUCCUAGGGAGAACUGUUUGGAGGAGCCUUUCCAGGCAGGACUUCAGGACCAGUUUAGCCCCCAUCAGUGGGAAAAAUUCCCACUCCUUCUGGAGCCAGCCACCAAAUUGGCUGGGACAGCUUCCUAUAUAAUGCAGACAGAUCCAAGUAUGACCACUGAUGAACUUCCAUGCAAGCUGAGUUUCAUCACUUAAAAUGGUCCUAUACUAAUAUUUAGAAGGGGCCUACACAAUGUUCUUUUCAUUAGAGAAAAAGCCCACUCCAUAUUAUUUUCUGCCUCCUUCUCCUAUGACAUUUUCUGUGCUUUAAACUUUUGUGUCCACUUCCUUACCUGUCUCUGGUACAAUGCCAGUAUAACUCUCAGCCCUACUCCGCACAGCCCUGUGACUGCUAAAACUGAAUGACAGUGACCUUUGGCCAGUCUUGGUGAAGUAAAUAUAGGAUACAGCCAGCAAGUUAGAGAGUUACAAGAAAACUGGAGCCUUGAUCCCUUCAGAUUUGCUACAGUCAGUGAAACACUUUGAUUUGAUUAUUCUCAGAAUUCAAGAAUGGAGAAGAACUGGGGUAUCCAAUAGAAAAUCAGUGUGACCCUGGCUGAGGUCCUGCCCCAUAAUCUAUGGCCUUUGUGGACCUGAAUAAAGUGGACCACACACACUCCCUUCCCCUGGCUCAGCAAAGGCAACUGGCUGUGUGUACAGUAUCUUCCUGCAUUUGUAGAUUCUCAUGCUUCUCAUCCCUAAGAUCCAACAGUGUCUUUCUUCAGAGCUGCACUGUGCAAUAUAGUUGCCAUGAGCCACAUGCAACUGUGUAGAUGUUAUUUAUUGAUAUAUAAUUCACAUACUAUAAAAUUCACCCUUUUAAAGUGUGAAUUUUAGUAUAAUUACAGUGGUUUUUAGUAUAAUUACACAGUUGUGCAAUCAUCACCACUAAUUUCUGAAUAUUUUCAUAACUUCAAAAAAGAAACCCAUACCUGUUAGCAGUCACUCUCCACCCCUCCCUCUCUAAUCCCUGACAACCACUGUCCACUUUCUGUCUCUUGAUUUGCCUAUUCUGGACAUUUCAUUGUCCAGCAUCAUGUAAAAUGUGCUCUUUUAUGAUUGGCUUUUUUCACUUAACAUAUUUUCAAGGUUAAUCCAUAUUGUAGCAUGUAUCAGUACUUUAUUCCUUUUAAGGCUAAAUGAUAUUAUAUUAAUGGACAUUUUGUUUAUCAGUUGGUGGACAUUUGGGUUUUCACUUUGGGGUAUUAUGAAUAAUGCUACUGUGAAUAUUUGUGUACAAGUGGACAUGUUUUCAUUGCUCUUGGGUAUGGAGUGGAAUUACUGGGUGAUAUGGUAACUAUGUUUAACUUUUGGAGGAAACACCAGACUGUUUUCUAAAGAGGCUGUGCAAUUUUACAUUCCCACCAACAGUCUAUGGGGAUUCCACUUUCUUUACAUCCUUGCUAACAUUUGUUACUGUUGUCUUUUUUAUUACAGCCAUCCUAUUAGGUGGGAAGUGGUAUCUCGUAGAUGUUUUGAGUUAUUGCCCUAGUAACUAAUGAUGUUGAGCAUCUGUCCAUGUGUUUAUUGGCCACUUAUAUAUUCUUUGGAGACAUGUCUGUUCAGAUCCUUUGCUCAUUUUUAAAUUGAGUUAGUCUUUUUAUUGUUGAAAGAGUUCUUUACAUAUUCUGGAUACUAGAUCCUUAUAUAGAGUUUGCAAGUGUUUUUCCUAUUCUGUGGGUUGUCUU